UCGUCUCGUCCGAGAAAGCGGCAGUUCAAGCCUCUUGAGCCGAUUUGUCCGGGACACUCAAUCGCGCAAGCCCGGCCAGUUUGGUCGCUUUUCAACCCUGUUUCUGACCAAUCACUUCGCCCCCCCCACUUCUCCCAAUUCCCGGUGACUUCUCAUCCUCCCUCUUCGCCCCAUCCCAGUCCCCACCUGCAAUUGAGUCUGUCCAACCGGCACACUCAUCAGCGGCUGUACUUCACUUUUCUCAAUUGCCUUUUCACCUCACUCUGGUCACCAGGCCGUUUGAGGCCUCGUCUCUCCUUGCCCCCAUCUCCUACACGCUCCGAAUUCCCCUCCUUCACACGCAUCAGAGGAGCCUGA